AUGACCAACAUUGAUUAUCAAAACAGCUUCAUCUUAAUCAUCAUAUGCCUCUUCUCAACCUUCUUCGUUCUCUUUGUCUACUUCUUCAAGAAACCAAAGAAUGUCUCUAAUCUACCUCCGAGCCCUCCUUCUCUUCCCUUUAUCGGCCAUCUUCACCUUCUCUUCUCUGAUUCAAUCCACAAGUCUUUUCAAAAAAUCUCAUCCAAGUACGGACCUUUCCUCCAUCUCCGCAUCUUCAACAUCCCCAUCGUUCUCGUCUCCUGCGCCUCAUUGGCCUACGAGAUCUUCAAGGACCACGACGUGAACAUCUCAUCUCGUGGUGCUGCUGCAAUGGAUGAGUGCAUCAUGUUUGGUUCUUACAGCUUUCUCAAAGCUCCCUAUGGAGAUUACUGGAAGUUCAUCAAGAAGCUCAUGGCUACCAAUAUGCUCGGACCACAGGCGCUGGAGCGGUCACGAGGUGUUCGCACAGUUGAGCUAGAGCGGUUUCACAGAAAUCUUUUUGAUAAGGCGAUGAAGAAACAGAGCGUGGACGUCGGUGAGGAAGCAUUGAUACUUGUUAACAGUAUCCUAGGCACAAUGAGCAUGGGAAAGUGUUUCUCAGAGAAGAACAAUGUGGUCAAAAUCUCGGAAUUUGUCGUCGAGAUCUCUACCUUGGGCCAAAAGAUUUUCUUGGCACAAAUGUUGGGUAAGCCGCUUGGGAAGCUCUUGAUCUCACUACUCAAAAAGAAGACAGUGGAUGUUUCAUGCAAAUUUGAUGAGCUUCUGGAAAGGAUUAUGGUGAAAUACGAGGAGAAAGUGGACGAGCAUCAAGGUACUGAAACUAUGGAGGCAAUGUUGGCAGCUUAUCGAGGCGAAAAUGCAGAGUAUAAAAUCACAAGGAACCAUAUCAAGGCCUUAUUAGCGGAGCUCUUCUUAGGAGCCGGUGACACUUCUUCAUCAACAACGCAGUGGGCAAUGGCUGAACUCAUCAACAACCCUAAGAGCCUUAAGAGGCUGAGAGAAGAAAUUGAUUCCGUGGUAGGGGAAACAAGGUUGAUCCAAGAAACUGAUCUACCAAAACUCCCUUACUUGCAAGCGGUCAUCAAAGAAUCUCUAAGAUUGCACCCGCCAGGGGUUCUCUUGCCAAGGGAACUUGAGCAAGGGUGUAAGAUCGAAGGGUUAAACAUACCUAAAGGCACAACACUUGUUAUUAAUGCUUAUGCGAUGAUGAGAGAUCCUGAUUCUUGGAAAGAUCCUGAUGAGUUUAAGCCAGAGAGGUUUCUAGGAAAAGAGGAAGAGAAAAGAGAGAAUGUCUUGAAGUUCCUCUCUUUCGGAGCCGGAAGGAGAGGAUGUCCUGGAUCAAACUUGGGUUAUAUCAUGGUAGAACUCGCAAUUGGAGUGAUGGUGCAGUUCUUUGAUUGGGACAUCGAAGGAGAGAAGGUCAACAUGGAAGAGGAUUCUAGACGAAUUUUUUUGGCGAUGGCACAUCCUCUUAAAUUCACUCCUCUUCCUCGUAUCCGUAAUCCUUUACCUCUCUAA